AUGGCAGUCCAAGAACCAAUAAGCCCGGAUGAGCCUUCUGACGAAAAAGACCCCAACACUCGUAAUGGCCGUUGUGUGGCUAGUUCCUUGGUAUGGGAAAAAUUGGGUUGGACUUCAUCUCUUGUUGCUUUACCUUGUCAAGACACUGCAAGCUGGUUGCUAGCUACGUGGGACCUUAUCCCUAGUACCCAACACUUUUUGUUUGCGACUGUUCUUUGGCGGUCUUCAUUGCCAACUCCUGAGAAACAGUGGCAACCUCCGCUUCCUUGUUAUUUUAAACUCAAUGUUGAUAGUGCGCUUAUUUUGGCCUCUGGCUUAAGUGGGGUUGGUGUGGUGGUAAGGGAUUCCUAUGGUCGAAUUUGUGGUGUGGUGGCGAUGUGUACACCCAGUGAGUCUGAUUCCUUGGCUGCUAUUCAAUUGCUUCUCAAGAAGGAGACCUGCUAUACGGCGAAAGGGGUUCUUGUUGAGGAAAUUAGACAACUUCUCGCCUCGUUGCCUUCCUUUUCUGCUUGUUUUGUUCCCUGUACUACUAAUGGGGUUGUGGAUCCUCUUGCGCUUUUCAAUCUUGUUGAGGAUGAUUUGUCUUUUUGGUUUACUGACCCAACAGUUUGGUUGCAGGAUUAUCUGAUUGAGGACUCUCCUGUAUACCAUCCUUCUCUAUCCAGAAAUUUCCCGAAAUUAUGA